AUGGAAAUCCGAAUCGAAGAGCGGCGCUCAGCAGGCGCUGGAAAAGGCUCCUCCCGGCAGCCUCGCCAUAGCGCAAAACGGACGGGAGAAGAAAUGCGCUCCAGUUGCGCGCAGGGUGGCGGCGGAGAGGAGCCAACGGAGUCUCCGGCGAGCGGGCGCACGUGGAAAAGGCGCUUUGGGAGACGGCGGCGGGACGCGGAAGUUGCACUCCAGAGGCCGCAAUCGGAGACGCUGCGCCCAAUAUGGGGAAUGCGCUUUGGGGGGCGCAGGCGAGAAUCGGCCAACGGGAUUGAUGCGCUCUUGAGCGCGGAGACAGGGAAACGCUGCGCGCCAACGAGGGAGAUGCGCUUUGGAGGGCGCAGGCGAGGAUGGGCCGCCGGCAGAGAGUCUCUGGCCAAGAGGAAUGAUGCGCUCUUGAGCGUGGAGACGAGGAAAGGCUGCGCGCCAACGGAGGGAGAUGCGCUUUGGGGGUCGCAGGUGAGGAUCGGCCGCCGGCGGAGACUGUCUGAACAGACGAAGAAAGGCUAA